UCGUCUUUUUCUGAAUUUCGACUAGCCAAUAGCCAUAUGGCAACGCAUGCACGCAGUCAGUAAUUAAUCUGUGAUGUACAAUACCCACAUGAAUACAUACCUGGCUAUAUAUAUACAUAUGUAUAGUGCCCCCAAUACGGGCCACACACAGCAGCAGCUCAAUCGUGCUAGCUAGCUGCGAGCAGGUGUACACGUACACACACAAUUAAGUCACCAACAAUGGAAGUGUUCCAACCCCUCCUCGUCGUCUCCGCCAUUGCCGUGGCCCUAGUGCACCUCCUCAGGCACCUGAUGGUGAGGCCUACUAGCAGCAGGCACCCGCCGGGGCCGUGGAAGCUUCCGGUGAUCGGCAGCAUGCACCACCUGGUGAACGUGCUCCCGCACCGCGCGCUCCGGGACCUCGCCGGCGUCCACGGCCCGCUCAUGAUGCUGCAGCUGGGCGAGACCCCGCUGGUGGUCGCGUCGUCCAGGGAGAUGGCGCGCCAGGUGCUCAAGACGCACGACGCCAACUUCGCCACCCGCCCCAAGCUCCUCAGCGGCGAGAUCGUCCUCUACCGCUGGGCCGACAUCCUCUUCUCGCUGUCCGGCGAGUACUGGCGCAAGCUCCGCCAGCUCUGCGCCGCCGAGGUCCUCAGCCCAAAACGUGUCCUCACCUUCCGACACAUCAGGGAACAGGAGAUGGCGAGUCAUGUGGAAAGGAUACGAGCAGCCGGGCCAUCGACGGCCGUGGACCUCAGCGAGACAUUCUACAACCUGGCGAUCAGCAUCGUCUCCCGCGCAUCCUUCGGCAACAAGCAGAGGAACGCCGGCGGGUUCCUGACGGCGAUGAAAGCCGGCGUCGCGCUGUCCAGCGGCUUCAAGCUCCCCGACCUCUUCCCCACCUGGCGGCCCGUGCUCGCCGCGGUGACCGGCAUGCGGCGCACGCUGGAGGACAUCCACAGGACGGUGGACUCCACCCUGGAGGAGGUCAUAGAGGAGAGGACGCGUGCCCGGGACGAGAAGCUGCAGGCAACGAUAAGGUCAUCGUUGUCUGGCCGAAGCCCAACAGACACCGCCGCCGCCGCCGACGACGACGACGAGAACCUCGUCGACCUCCUCAUCGGCCUGCAGGAGCGAGCUUCUUCUUCCUCAGGGUCGUCGUCGUUCCACCUCAACCGGAACAGCAUCAAGGCGAUCAUAUUCGACAUGUUCACCGCCGGGACGGGCACGCUGGCGUCGUCGCUGGACUGGGGCAUGUCGGAGCUGAUGAGGAACCAGAGGGUGAUGGGCAAGCUGCAGCGCGAGGUCCGGGAGGCGUUCCGGGGACAGGCGGCCGUCUCGGAGGCCGACAUCCAGGCGGCCGACCUGCCGUACCUGAAGCUCGUGAUCAAGGAGACGCUCCGGCUGCACCCGCCGGUGCCGCUGCUGGUGCCGCGGGAGAGCAUCGACGAGUGCGAGAUCGAGGGCUACACGAUUCCGGCGAGGUCCCGGGUGAUCGUCAACGCGUGGGCUGUCGGAAGAGACCCCAAGUACUGGGAGGACGCCGACGAGUUCAAGCCCGAGAGGUUCGACGGCGACGUCGCUGCUGAUUUCAUGGGGGGUAGCUACGAGUACAUACCGUUCGGUGCUGGACGGAGGAUGUGCCCGGGGAUUUCCUAUGGGCUGCCGGUCUUGGAGAUGGCGAUCGUGCAGCUCCUCUACCACUUUGAUUGGUCCCUGCAGGAGGGUGUCGAUGAGGUUGACAUGACAGAGGCACCUGGCCUUGGUGUCCGCCGCAAGUCGCCUCUGAUGCUCUGUGCUACCCCGGUCGUUUCCCGCGAAACCAGCAGGGUGCCAAGCUAGAAAUUAACUGUAUAGGUUGGUUAAAAUGUGUCUUCCACUAUUUUUAGUACAUCACAUAGCCACCACCAUGUUAAGUAGUAGUACUAGUUCUCACGAUAUAUAUAUGCGAGAAAGAAAAUAAAAAAGACAUGUAUAUAUUUCAUGUUAAAAUGAUUUCAGAUAACA